CUGUCCUGUCCCGAUUCGAGCGGCAUUUUCAGUCGUUCUUUUGACGUCGAUCCGUGUGGACGUAAUUCUUUCGCGCUAUUUGUGAAUCGAAAAUUUGGGAGUUUUGUGUACGCAUAGUGGGUUUGAUCCGAUACUGAUAAUUGUGAUUACUAAGCCGCAGCCUGUUAGGUCUUAGACUGUGGGAAUUGGAGGCCGUAUGGGUUCUCCGCUCGCAUUUCGAGAGCCGUGUCGGGUUUUAAUUGGGUGAAUCUAAAUUUAGAGGGCGAAUGAAGAUUUAUUAGCUCCGCCGCGAAGAGAUGUACAAAUGGAGUAUUGAUCUGGAUGUUCUGCUCGGUCGGUGGUUUUGAAUUUUACCAAUCCCGUGAUAGAUAUUUCUUACUUUCGGCAACGGUGAUCCAAGAAAGUGUGUUUUCUGCGAUUCUGCCCAUCGACACUCAUUGGAAAACGACAGCAAAUCUAGCUUAGACCGAGACAUAAUACGCUGUCGGUGAAAAACAGACGAGGAAAAUCUUCAUCCCAGCUGUUUGGAGUUCGCUCUCCCGCUAGCAUGUAGGCAGACAUGGUAUGAGAGAACAUAGAAGCAAAUCUCGGAAAAUGUGAAAAACGCGUCGAAUAGGAUUGAUACAAAAUUUAGCCUGUGUGAAUCGUUGGUGUUGGUGAAAGUGCUUCUAAAUGAUAAUAGAGGCUAUCAGUUGUGUGAUUGGAUAAAUUGUUGUGUUUUGCUAGAUAUCUCUGUGACUCGUGAUUUCGUGUGAUCUAGGAAAAGGGGUCCAGCCAAAACAAAUGUAGGAAAAAAGAGAAGAAAAUUUAAUCUAUAGGAGUGUUCUGCCGGAGUGAAAAUAUUGUUGAUUCCAACCAAAAAGUGCGUUCGGGCAGAUGGCAAGCAGAGAGUGUGAAUAAAAGUUGGUGUAAUAAAAAUAGCUACCAUAAGCUCACACAUCGUGGGGCAAAACAAGUGAAUGUUUACUCAGCUUAGACCGUGAGCACGUGUGUAUCGCAUCGUUCUGAAUCGCAGACUAGUUCGUUCGUGGAAAACAGCAGGGGAGAGGAUUCAAGCAUUCACAAUUCUUCGGAUUUGCACCCACCUGAGGACGUGCCAUCUACUCUACUCUUCUUCAGUCCUGUCUCCCGCUACCCCCUUCCGGCGUAGUCUGCAGCGAUCGUCGUCAGCACGCAAACCCUGAAGAGCAGCGCAAACAUGGAUAAACUCAGCACCGUAAAAAUUGGAUUAUUCUGUUUACUUUUUGGAGUCUGUGCGGCGGUGAAGAUUACGAGCCUUAAAGUGCCCUCCACAUAUCUGCUGGAUAAAAAUUCGAAGAAUCCGGACCCACUGAUACUGGACUGUGAGUACGAUGUGGACGAAAACGAGAAAGGAUUCGUGCUGAAGUGGUUCCUGGACGGACAGCCAGUGUAUCAAUGGAUACCGACCAAAAUCCCUUUCCCAUUCCAAUCCUUCAAAAACCGGGUGGACACCAGCUACGUCGUGUCGCAAGAGCGGUUGCACAAACACCGGGCGAUGGCCAUCAUCAAGCCGCUAGCCAACUUUACCGGAGAGUACGCCUGUAUGGUGCAAACGUUCGCUUCGAUAGACCGAAAAUCGGCCAAGCUGAAAAUCAUCGUUCAAGAGUCAAAGUUCGAUCUCAACUACUACCUGAACGGGGACGGUUACAUAACGGUCGAUUGCCACGCACGAGAUAUUUCACCGGAGCCAGAGCUGCAGAUUCGAAUCAACGAUAAAAUAUUCGAAACGCCAAAGCCGAGGUCCGUGCUGGGUGAGAAUAAUUUGUACAACGUGUCCAUCAGCGGCAGCAUACCGAAGGAGGAGCUCGAAAGCCCCACCACGAUCGAGUGUUACCUCACGGUACCGGAGACGAACUACACCAAGAAGCGCUCCACGAUUUAUUACGCGCGCAAUGCAAUAACUUACACUAAACCGCUUCCAGAAUCGCAUCUGAGAACCACAACUAGCACAGUAGCGACCACAACGAUCGUUGGCAUGCUGCAAGCGGCUCCGGAAAACCUACAGAAAAAGGAACUGAACGCCACCGACGGUAACAGCGCCAGCGCCCUGCCGGACCAGAUGCGGACCACGUCCGGCCUAAUAGUGACCCUGGUGACCAUUUUACUCAUCUUUACGUCGACGCUUUUGUAGACGAACUUCAAGCAGUACACCGAGGGCGAGAUUCGUGAUCGGUAUUUGCAUAUACAUUUUGUCCAUAGAUAAGCAACAAGACGCUCUUUCACAGUGGCAAACUAAGGAACAUGGUGGAGCGAUGUGGAUGUGGAAACCGAACUUCCUGAAUGUGUGUGUUCGAAAUGUGAGUGUUUGUAAGGAAGAAAAUGCGACACGUCAGUUAGGUUGAAAAAAAUUGUGUGUAGAUAUCGUUGAGGAUUCGCGUCGUGUUGUGUUGCACGAAACCCGAAGUGGAUUGAGAAGAUUGUUAGAUGGGCCUAUGUAUUGUCCAAAGAUUCGUACUUUUAGAUUGCGAUGUGGCCUUCGUUUCGAAUGUUAAUGGAAAAAAUAUGCAUUUGGGAAUUGGAUCUAUGACAAAAGGUCAAACGUCGAAAG